AUGCAAAAUACUCCUAUCAGAUCUCCAUCACCUAAAACAAUAGAUGAAGAACAUCAUGCAUUACUGCCUCAACAUACUAUCGAUCCUCAUAUUGAAAUUGGAGAUAAAUAUACUUUCUUAGAUGAUGAUGAUUUUUCAAAUGAUGAUGAGGAAGAUUCAGAAGAAGAAGAAGAAGGGGAUGAUGAGAAUGACAACAUAGUGAAGGACACGAUUGAUGACGUAACGAAUGAUGAUGAUGACCAAGAAGAUGAUGAAGAUGAUGAGGAUGAAGAAGAAUUUGAACAAGUACAAAAUUUUGAACCUGAAAUAGAUGAAUCGGUAGAACAACCUAUAAGUAGGAAACUCACCCGAGAAGAUGCAGAACUGAUUGUUGGAGGUGAAUCAAUUGAACAAGUUUAUCAAGAAAAUAAAUUAGAAAAUGAAAAACAUAUAAAACAUCCAAAAGCUGAUCCAAAUAAACCAACAGAAGAUCAAGAUAUAAAAGUUGGAGAUAAUUCAUUUGAUGCAUAUAAAAUGAAAAAUUAUAAUCCUUCACAAAAAGUGUUUUCAUUUAGUUUACCAUUUGGAGGUUUAGAAAGUAUUCGAAAUGAUUUAAGUAAAAAAUUACAAAAUUUUAAAAUUGAUGUACCAUUUGUAAAUAAUAAUCAUGAAGAAGAAAAUAAUAGAAAAAGUUUUCAAAGAGAUAUUGAAUUACGAUUAGAAAGACAACAAAGUAUAAGUACUGUUGAUGAAGCUAAUUAUUUUAAAAAUUUUAAAGGUACAGAUGCUGGUAGAUUAAGAGCUGUAAAACAUACUAUUUCAUCAAAUUUAGGUGAAAUUAUACCUCAUAAAAAAAAAUCAGAAAAUGAUUACGAACUGAUUUAUGAUAGAAUUGAUGGAAAUAUUGUUAUAAUGGGUGGUUAUAGAGGUUCAAUAUUAAGAGAUACAAAAACUAAAAAAAGGGUUUGGAUUCCAUUAAAAGCAGGAUUUCAUUUAAAAAAAAUCGAUCUUUUAUUAGGUCCAAAUAAAGAAGAUGAAUUAAAUGCGGAAGAAAAAUUAUAUCCUGAUGGAGUUUUAAAAAAUGUUGGACCAAUAGAUAUAUGUAAAAAAUUAAUUAAAAAAUUGGAUUCAAAUCCAAAAGUUAAUAUAAAAGAAUUUGGUUAUGAUUGGAGAUUAGGUGGUGAUUAUGUGACAAAUAAAUUAGAAAAAUUUUUAACCCAAAUUUAUGAAGAAACUGGUAAACCAACUUUAGUUAUAGCUCAUUCAAUGGGUGGAAUUAUGGCUCAUGGAACAAUGCAAAAAAAUCCAAAAUUAUUUAGAUCAAUUAUUUAUGUAGGUUCACCAAGUGAAUGUUUAAAUAUUUUAGGUCCUAUAAGAUUUGGAGAUUCUGUUAUAUUAUCUGAUAAAAUUUUAACUUUUGAAACUAAUUUUAUGAUGAGAUCAAGUUUUUUAUUUUUACCUUUAAGUGGUGAAACUUUUUAUAAUAAAACUACAAAAGAAAAUUAUAAAAUUGAUUUUUUUAAUCCUGAUAGUUGGGUUGAAUAUAAUUUAAAUCCAUUGGUUUCUGAGAAGCGGAAACAAGCAGCUGAAUUACAACAACAAAAGAAGAAGAUAUCUUCACAAUCCACUUCCGGUUCAGUUUCCUCCCUAACGAAUGGAUCAAUAGAUCAUAAUAUUUUUAAAAAAUCAACAUCACCAUCUUCUUCAAUUUCAUUAAAUUCAUCUUCAACUUUCCCAAGUAUAAAUUCAAUAAGUUCAACUUUUUCAAAACUUUAUAGAUCAUCAUCAUUAAAAAAAAAUUCUAAAUCAAAUGGUACCAAUUUAUCAUCAUCUUCUUCAACAACAAUGAAUAAUCCAUCAUCUUCACCACCUACAACAAGUCCAUUAACAUCAACAAAACAAACUACAGAACCCGAAAAUCAAGCAAUACCAGAACAAGAACAUUUUUCAUUUUCAUUUGCUGAUUCAUAUCGUUAUUUAUCAGAAACUUUAGAAUCAACAAAAAAAUUUGUAAAAUCAUUAGAAUUUGAUCCAAAUAAACAAACAGAAUAUCCACCAAUGGCAAUAGUAUAUGGUAAUACAAUCCCAAGUGUAAGAGGAUCAGUAGUUACUUCAAGACAAGAUAUAAAAGAUGGAAAUUAUUAUGAAUUUUUUUAUGGUCAUGGAGAUGGUGUAAUUCAUCAAAAAUGGUUAAUGCCUGAAAAAAAAGGGUUUAGAUAUUAUGAUAAAUCUACUGGACAAGGAGAAAUUGUUGGUAAAUUUUCAAGUUCUUGUGCUCAUGUUAAUUUAUUAACUGAUUUUGAUGCAAUUGGUAAAGGUUUAAAUGCAGUUUUUGAAGCUGAAAAAUUUUGGGAAAAGAAAAAAAUGAUUCAAAAAUUAGCUAUGAAAAAAGUGCAACAGGAAGGAGAAGAAGAAGAAAAUAUUGUAAAGAAUAAUAAUGUUGAAGUUAGAAAUGAAGGGUUAGGGGUUGGUGCAUAG